AUGGAUCUGUUAUCUGCAAUCAGCGAAGAGCUGGCGAAGAUCGACGGCCAAAUCAUUGACAUUUUCCGUGCAUUAUCUCUAAUGCUAGUGUUUGGAUUCCUUCCAAUUCCAAGCACCCAGAGUUACAUGGGGUUAAAGAAAUUGGGUGGGAGAAGAAAUAUGGGUGGGGGGAAAGAAAUCUUCAAGGGGGAAGAAAUUGGGGAAGAGGAAUAA